AUUUGACUAUUUGUAACCCAACUUGAUAGAUUUUCCAGCCCAACACUUACCGGAGUUUGGCGGCGGUGUUGCCACAAAACCGAAACACGUGAUGCGGUUACCGGCAAUGGAAACCCUAGCCCUCACAACGCCGGCGUUUCCAACCGUCACGAGAUCGAGGUCGAACUACCGUCCCAUUAUCCGAUGCUCCGCCGCUAAAUCUUCUUCUCCAGUUGUCAAUGCAGAUACGUUUCUAGAAGCUUCAAAGAAAGGGAACGUGAUUCCUCUGUACCGAUGUAUAUUCUCCGAUCACCUCACGCCGGUUCUUGCUUACCGGUGCUUGGUCAAGGAGGAUGAGAGAGAUGCUCCUAGCUUUCUCUUUGAGUCGGUUGAGCCGGGGUUUCAAGUUUCCAGCAUUGGAAGGUACAGUGUGGUGGGAGCUCAGCCGUGCAUGGAAAUUGUGGCGAAGGAGAAUUCGGUAACUGUCAUGGACCAUGAGGAAGGACGCAGGACAGAGGAAUUUGUGGAGGAUCCAUUGCUGAUUCCUCGCCAGAUCAUGGAAAAGUGGACGCCGCAGCUCAUCGAUGAACUCCCCGAGGCGUUUUGUGGUGGUUGGGUGGGUUAUUUCUCUUAUGAUACUAUGCGCUACGUAGAAAAGAAGAAACUUCCAUUUUCUAAUGCCCCAUUAGAUGACAGAAGUCUUCCUGAUGUUCAUCUGGGCCUGUAUGAUAAUAUUAUAGUGUUUGAUCAUGUUAUGAAGAAAGCAUAUGUGAUUCAUUGGGUUCGGUUAGAUCGAUAUUCUUCUGCUGAGGAAGCCCUCAACGAUGGAAUGGAUCGGCUGGAAAACCUAGUGUCUAGGGUGCAUGACAUAAUUACGCCAAGGCUACCUGCAGGUUCAAUAAAGUUAUCAACUAGUCUCUUUGGUCCUAAAUUGGAGCUGUCAAACAUGACAAACGAGGAAUACAAGAAUGCAGUAUUGCAGGCUAAAGAGCACAUACUGGCUGGUGAUAUAUUUCAAAUUGUACUAAGUCAACGGUUUGAACGGAGAACUUUUGCAGAUCCAUUUGAAAUCUACAGAGCACUGAGGAUUGUUAAUCCUAGUCCAUAUAUGACUUAUUUACAGGCCAGAGGGAGUAUUUUGGUUGCUUCAAGUCCAGAAAUUCUUACACGGGUGAAGAAGGGAAAAAUCACCAAUCGACCCCUUGCUGGGACUGUUAGAAGAGGGAAAACACCUCAGGAAGAUAUCAUGUUGGAGAAAGAACUUUUGAGUGAUCAAAAGCAAUGUGCAGAGCACGUAAUGCUAGUUGAUUUAGGGAGAAAUGAUGUUGGAAAGGUCUCCAAACCUGGUUCUGUUCAAGUUGAAAAACUUAUGAACGUUGAACGCUAUUCCCAUGUGAUGCACAUAAGCUCAACAGUCACUGGGGAGUUAUUAGAUAACUUAACAAGCUGGGAUGCAUUGCGCGCUGCAUUACCUGUUGGUACAGUUAGUGGAGCACCAAAGGUGAAAGCCAUGGAGUUGAUUGAUCAGUUGGAAGUCACGAGACGUGGGCCUUAUAGUGGGGGAUUUGGAGGCAUAUCUUUCUCUGGUGAUAUGGACAUUGCCCUUGCUCUGAGGACCAUAGUUUUCCCUACCAAUACUCGUUUUGACACAAUGUACUCGUACAAGGAUGUGAACAAACGAAGAGAAUGGGUUGCCCAUCUCCAAGCUGGAGCAGGCAUCGUGGCCGACAGUAAACCGGAUGACGAGCAGAGAGAGUGUGAGAACAAAGCUGCAGCCCUUGCCCGUGCCAUUGAUCUUGCAGAAUCUUCAUUCAUUGAGAAAUGAUCGGGGAUUAAGCAUCAGCUUUGAUAUAACGUGACAAUGGACACGAGGAGAGGAAAUUUGGGAUGUGAGAUGAUGUGAUUUUUAUCAUCAAGGUCUAAGGAUAAUCCAGAAAUCCUUCUUAUGCUAUCUUAGAAUAUGAAGAAAACUUAGUCUUUUAAAUUAUUUGCAAUUUAUUCCUGUGGAUUUUGCACUUGAGCUUUUGCUCCUCAACUCCAUUUAGGGAAGAGGAUGGAGUUGGAUGAUUCAUGGUAAGAAAUAGACCAAAGGUGUUCGAAUAGAUCAAGGUGAACGUAAAUAUAUUGCUAUGGCAAGGAAGAGUGUUGAACUUAAGUUGGAAAUAAGGUUAGUUUUUCUUGUGAUAGGUUCUCUGAGUCUAGGUUUGAAGAGACCUGCAUCGCUUUGUAGGUCACAUUUCUUUCAAUGGCUUUAUAAAUCCAUAAUGGUGAAGUGAGUUUCUUUCGCUGAA